AUGCCACAAAACGCUUUUUGGCACCCUGCCACUGAGCCUACGGGAGAAGAACUUGAGCAGAUUCUGUUCAAAACAUUCCUCCAGAACGUCUUCUGUACUCAACAUUCUGCUGCGAGUCGAGAAGCGACUCGCCUUGGACGAAAGCGGCAGCGUCCACCGCAACGGAAGCCUGCAGGAGACGAUAACAAAGUAGACGAAUCCAUCGAGGGGAGACCCCUUCUUAAUAUGAUUACUUCUCUCGUUCGCAGGUGUGGCGUUCCAUACCAAGCGCACACUGCAGAAAGUAGCGUAGACACGCUGCAAAUCACACCCGCAUCCAUGGUCAUGAGAAGUCACACACUAUCGGAAGCAGUAAACGCAUUGCAGGAAGGAGAGCGCGUGCCGGACGAAAUAACCCACCGGCCUCGGAGCGCGCUCGCCACCCUCAUUGAAUCUGUUCGAAAGAAAGAGCACCUACAAGUGUCGCAUCUUUCCAAAGGUAGCAAUACUGCGGUGGUACCGACGUCAGACUCCCACAGUAACAGCGGGUGCAGCGCGCCUCAUCGGGGACCACGCGAAUAUACCCCUCCAAAUGGCGAAGAGGAAGAGGAAUUUGGCGUAUCACUGCCUUUUGAACCCACUCAUGCUAAUAGCAGCAGUAACUCGGUACUGCAAUCACCAAACAAAGGCAUUGAGAAGCAUCCUUCACAGAUGUCACAAGACGAGUUCCUCCGGCAAUUCAAACGCGCCCCGCGUCGUGGGGAGAUUGGGUAUGAUGCAGAGAGUGUUGCUGCAGCAGAGGCCGUUGGAUAUGUCAUGAGUGGUUCCCGUAAUAAGGAAAAACAACACUAUGUGGAUAGCAUUCAGCGAAAGCUGCACGAGAAAGAAGCCAGAAAACUGCGCCUACAGUUUCGGAAGGUGGAGGAUGAACGAAACGACAAUGCAACAGUAGAGCGGUUGCUCACAUUGCUGUCUCAGAAGGGCACCAGUGAGGCCAGUAAAUAA